ACAUUGGCGAGCGCGCCCGGUUCGCAUCAUCCUUCGCCCCCGGUGUCCCACCGCGGAGAGAUAACCGCGCCGCCACCACCGAACCUCGGGAUGGGCUGGCGCCAUAGUAAGGCCCGUCACGAGAGAGAGACAAUCAGUGUGUGGCACACAACACAGCCAGGGCCUACCUGCAACCAGUGCGACCAAACCAAUCAACCCCUGUACGCCGUUGCUCAAGCAGCUCAACCAUAAGCUCAACCAACCUACGACGACGACGACGACGACGACGACGACGACGACGACAACGGCGACAGCGAGGUGGCGCCCGGCGACGGUGUGACGGUGCACGCAUUAUCGGAAUAGAUAAUGCAAAGAGAAAUACGUCGGAUCCUUCCCCCUCCCUCCACUCCAUAGAUCCAUCCAGUGACCAGUAGUGUUGGAAUUUGGUAUCAUCAGAGGUAACGGCAGGCGCUGGCAGAGGUGACACGUGCGGGCGGGCGGGCAGGCUCUCGAAAACUUGAGCUGUCGGUGAACGGCUCAACAGGUUGAGCAACUUUCCCUUCGCGAUUCUCCCGCGUAUGUGUGUGCGUAGUACGUGCGUUGUUAGAGGCGCUGUCCCUACACAGCUGUUUGGCUGUUUGCCGCGGUUCUGUUUUGGAUCGCGCGCUUCCCUGCUUCGGUGACGCCAGCUUCAAUUGGAGAUGGAUCAUAACGGUGGUGCCGCUGGUGAGGAGGCUAGUGACGGGAAGAGUGCAGAUCCAGAGGCGAUCGCGCUCGGCGUCAUCAAUCCGUCAUUCGACAAUGGUUUGGAGGUACGGCCCCCUCCCACGACGGCAACGACGACGACGACGACGACGACGAUGAAGACGAGGGACGGUGAAGCAGGGACAGAAGCAGGAGGCCAUGGAUUACAGGCGGAUCAUCCGACAUCCUACCUCGAGACGGUCAUGCACAUCUUCAAGGGGAACGUCGGACCGGGCAUGUACGCGAUGGGGGACGCCUUCCACAACGGGGGGCUCCUGCUGAGCCCCAUCCUCACCAUCUUUCUCGGCAUCAUCUCCGUGCACAGCGAACACAUACUGAUCAACUGCGCCGGUCGGAUGCAGCGGCAGCAGAAGCUCGCGGCCAUGCCGGACUUUGCCGAAACGGUCGGGCUGUGCUUCGCCAAUGGCCACGAGCGGUUCCGGCCGUGGGCAGGCACGAUGCACCGGGCCGUCAACUUUUUCAUCUGCAUCACGCAGCUCGGUCUCUGCUGCGUCUACUUUGUCUUCAUCAGCUCCAACAUGAAGCAGAUCUAUGACUACUACGGGAUUGAGCUCGAUGUGCAUCUGCAUAUGGGCAUCAUUCUGGUGCCGAUGAUGCUGCCCGCUCUCAUCACGCAGCUGAAGUACCUGGCGUGGUGCAUGACGAUCGGCAAUGGCUGCAUGGUGCUUGGCAUCGGCAUCACCUACUACUACGCGACCCAGGACCUACCAUCGCUGGCCGACAGCUCCCGUUCGCUGGUCGGUAGCUGGCACACGCUACCCCUCUUCUUCGGGACCGCCAUCUUCGCCUUCGAGGGCAUCGCGCUGGUGCUGCCGCUCAAGAACGCGAUGCGCCGGCCGCACGACUUCUCCCGUCCGCUUGGCGUGCUGAACGUCGGCAUGACGGUUGUCACGCUGCUCUUCACCACCACCGGCUUCCUCGGCUACCUCAAAUGGGGCGAGGAGGUGAAGGGUAGUCUCACCCUUAACCUGCCUGACGGUGAGCUGUUGGCACAAGUGGUAAAAGUAAUGAUCUCGCUCGGCGUCCUGUUCGGCUACGCGCUCCAGUUCUUCAUCGCCAUCCAGAUCAUGCUGCCCUCGAUUCGGAAGCGCUUCGAUCCGGCACACCGGCAUCCGGUGCUGCUCGAGUUCUGCUUCCGAAUCCUGAUGGUACUCCUCACCUUUCUGAUAGCGGAAGGAGUGCCGAACCUGGGGGCCUUCAUCUCGCUCAUCGGUGCCCUGUGCUCUACCGCCCUCGCCCUCAUCUUUCCGCCCAUCAUCGAGCUGACUCUGCAGUCGGUCAAUACCUCGGACGACGACCACUACCACCAUCGGCAACGGCGGUUAGGGCUGUACGGGAAGAAUGUCUUGAUUCUGGUGAUUGCCAGCAUCGGCGUCGUCACCGGCACGUACGAGAGUGUGUUGGCGCUAGCGAAAAGCUUCUGAAUGCGGCGGGCAUACGCGAGCCCCAAAUCCAACCGCAACAGAUACCGGACAAACGGAUCGAACAGGAACGCCAGCGGAACGUGACCCCCACUCCUAAAACCCUCUCCAGGUCCCAGACCCAAGGUGAUACACCGAAGGCCAGGUAAUAAGCUAACAUUAAAAUCACUCCUCACCGCUCAAUCGCUUUGUGCAUCGCAAUGUGCGAUUUAGGUUAAGGUUUAUUUGUUUCGGUAAAUGGAGUGAUCGAGUUAAGGUACACCACCGGCACGGCAUCGGCAAUAGCUCUAAGCAUAGUGUACGUAAAAUGGUCAAUAAAUAAAAUGUGAA